AACUGGGGGCGGGGCUUUGUGAAACUUGGGGGACCCAGCGGGAUGGAAGUAGUUAGGUGUCCGGAGCACGGGACUUUCUGCUUUCUCAAGACCGGCGUCCGCGAUGGCCCGAAUAAAGGAAAGAGCUUCUACGUGUGCCGGGCAGACGCGUGCAGCUUCGUGCAGGCCACCGACAUUCCUGUUUCUCAUUGUUUGUUGCAUGAGGACGUUGUGGUAGAGCUUCAGGGUUUGCUUCUCCCACAGGGCAAGAAAGAAUACAGAUUGUUCUUCCGGUGCAUUAGAAGUAAGGCAGCGGGGAAACACUGGUGUGGAAGUAUUCCAUGGCAGGACCCUGAUUCCAAAGAACAUUCUGUACCCAGUAAGUCUCAGCAUGCAUCUGAGACAUUUCAUCAUCCUUCCAGCCGGCCUAGAAAUCCAUUCAAGGUACUUGACAAGAAUCAAGAACCAGCGCUCUGGAAACAGCUCAUCAAACGUGACGGUGAGGAAAAGACGUCUGAUGAGAGGCAAAGAGAAAAGGGAGAUCAGCUCUCGGAUCAAAAGAAGGCACCGAAGCCUGAACCAAUGGAGAAAGAUCUCUCCUCUGGCCUGGUGCUGAAGAAAACACAGCCUGUAGUUCAAGAGAAGAAGCAAGAGGAGGGAGCAGAGAUUCAUCGGGAGGCGGAGGAGACUGGAGGCACACGCACAAGAAACUUUUCUGAAAUUAGAUCCGAACAGUGCCACCAUAAUGAGCUGACAAGGUCGUCUGCAUCUUCUCGGGAGAACUCAAGUGGGAAGAGUCAAGAUGUCCAAAGAGAAUCAGAACCUCUGAGAGAAAAGGAGACCCAGCUUUUGCCUCAAGGAGUUAACAGUCAAAACCCAGUGAGCAAAUCCCAGAAAGGGGGCCCCCUCAGCAAGGAGUACAAGGACUGGGAGGCUAAAGAAACAAAGGCAAAGGCUGAUCCCAGCACACAGGCCACCCAGAAAAUCCUGCCCCGGGAGCAUCUCCAAGAGAGCCCAGAGACCCACGGCGUGCCUGCUCCUGGAGGACCAGUGGCUCAGGCCGCAACAGCAGCACCACGGCUUUCCCUGGGUGAGGGCCGUGAAGCUGCCACGAGCAGCGAUGAGGAGGAGGAAGCUAAUGUUUUCGUUUCCUCUAAGCCUGCGAGCCCCCUACUCUUUGACUCAGCUCUGGACUUACAGAGGAAGGAGAACCUCCAAUUCUCUGAUCGAAGUGUGCAAAGAAAGGUACCUCCUGCUUCAGAUGCUUCCAAGAAGGUAGAACCCUCAGACCCAGCAGCCCAGCGUGUCUACCUGACAACACAACUGAAGCAAAAGAAGAGCACACUGGCAUCAGUGAACGUCCACGCUCUUCCAGACAAGGGUCAGAAGUUGAUCAAACAGAUCCAGGAGCUGGAGGAAGCCCUCGGUGGUCUUGCCCUUUCCCCAGAGCAAGGAACUAGUGAGAAGAGUAACACUCAAGUACCAGAGCAGAGUCACUUCACCAAAACCACCACGGAGCCUCCCCACCAGGUGCCUCCCCAACCCCUUCCUGGUCGUGGUACCCAAUCUGUGGGUUCUCUAGGACUGAAGUCUGCCUGCCAGGUGACUGCUGGAGGAUCCAGUCAGUGCUAUCCAGGUAACACCUAUUUGUAUGCAGAACAUGCAAACCAAGAUCACGUUCACCCAGUGUGGAAGAUCACAAGUGAAGCCAUUGAUGAGCUGCAUCGCUCACUGGAGUCACGUCCUGGUGAGACCGCCGUGGCAGAAGAUCCCGCUGGGCUGAAGGUCCCCUUGCUACUACACCAGAAGCAGGCAUUGGCUUGGUUACUAUGGCGGGAAAGUCAGAAGCCACAAGGAGGAAUUCUGGCGGAUGAUAUGGGCUUAGGAAAAACCCUGACAAUGAUUGCACUCAUCCUGACCCAGAAGAAUCAAGAGAAAAACAGAGAAAAGGAGAAAAGCACAGCUUUGACGUGGCUCUCCAAAGAUGACUCUUCUAACUUUACCUCCCAUGGAACACUAAUCAUCUGUCCUGCCUCCCUGAUCCAUCACUGGAAAAACGAGGUGGAAAAACGGGUGAACAGCAACAAGCUAAGAGUCUGUCUCUACCAUGGGCCAAACCGGGAUGCACGUGCCAGAGUCCUCUCUACAUACGACAUCGUGAUCACUACCUAUAGCCUCGUGGCCAAGGAGAUUCCCACAAACAAGCAAGAGGCAAACAUCCCAGGUGCAAACCUCAGUGUGGAGGGCACCUCGACACCUUUGCUUCGAAUAGUCUGGGCUCGAAUCAUACUGGAUGAAGCUCACAAUGUUAAGAAUCCCCGAGUGCAGACGUCCAUGGCUGUGUGCAAGCUACAAGCCUGUGCCCGUUGGGCUGUCACUGGAACUCCCAUUCAAAACAACUUGUUGGAUAUGUAUUCACUGCUGAAGUUUCUCCGUUGCUCUCCAUUUGAUGAGUUCAGUCUGUGGAGGAGUCAGGUUGACAAUGGCUCAAAGAAAGGAGGGGAACGGUUAAGUAUUUUAACCAAGAGCCUUUUGCUGAGGAGAACCAAAGAGCAGCUGGACUCUACUGGCAGACCUUUGGUGAUACUGCCCCAACGUAAAUUUCAGUUACAUCAUUUAAAGCUUUCUGAAGAUGAAGAGACUGUUUACAAUGUGUUUUUUGCAAGAUCAAGGUCAGCUCUGCAAUCCUAUCUACAAAGACAUGAAAGUAGAGGCAGCCAAUCUGGAAGAAGCCCUAAUAAUCCAUUCAGUAGAGUGGCACUGGAGUUUGGGUCCUGGGAGCCUAGACGCUCUGAGGCAGCAGACUCGCCGACAUCCAGCACCGUCCACAUACUGUCCCAGCUGCUGAGACUCCGCCAGUGCUGCUGUCACCUUUCUUUACUGAAGUCGGCUGUGGAUCCAGUGGAACUGAAGGGUGAAGGUCUCGUCCUUUCCCUGGAGGAGCAGCUCAGCGCUUUGACCUUUUCAGAACUCCGUGACUCAGAGCCGUCUUCCACUGUCUCCCUUAACGGCACCUUCUUCAAGAUGGAGAUUUUCGAAGACACGCGAGAGAGCACCAAGAUUUCAUCUCUGUUGGCAGAAUUGGAGGCAAUUCAGCGAAAUUCAGGGUCCCAAAAGAGUGUCAUUGUCUCUCAGUGGACCAGCAUGCUGAAAGUUGUAGCACUGCACCUGAAGAAGCAUGGACUGACUUAUGCCACCAUCGAUGGCUCUGUCAACCCCAAGCAGAGAAUGGACUUGGUAGAGGCAUUUAACCGCUCCAGAGGCCCUCAGGUAAUGCUAAUCUCUCUCUUGGCUGGAGGUGUUGGUCUAAACCUGACUGGAGGAAACCAUCUCUUUCUUCUGGACAUGCACUGGAAUCCAUCACUCGAAGAUCAAGCUUGUGACCGAAUUUACCGAGUCGGGCAGCAGAAAGAUGUUGUCAUACACAGGCUCCAUCCUGUCUCUUCAUCUCUUCUUGCCAAUGAUGUUGCUCACGUAACCAUCUUUUUGUGGGUGGAGCAGAGUCGAUCCCUGCAGCCAGCCACCUCUGCACUUCUCUCAGUGCACAGUUCUUCCUCUCAGGACGGAUCAAGGAGAUGCUUUGUGCAUAAACAGAUACUGACUGUCCGCAUCACUGGAUCAUUUAGGUUUGAUGGGGUCCGUAUUACUGAGUUCCAGUCAACGGACUGUGGAGAAAAGUGAUGUGAGUCACUUCUAGUCUGCCCGCUACAACGUUAUAAAAGAUUAUUCCCUCCUCGGCCUCCGGGGUGCAAAGGAACUGAUGGAAGAUUACAAGGCCCUAGGGAAGGGUGAAGCCACUAGCUCAGCAGUUCUUUUCUAUUAGACUAGUAAAGCCUCGGUCCCUGGAUGACUUCCCCAUGUGCCCUCCCUUGCCCCAGCUCACCUCCACUGGGCUAUGAUGUGAUCAAAGAAUCUUUUUCUUUUUAAGCUACUGAGAUUUUUGUGUUGUUCAUAUAGUAGUUUGUACCCUAAUACAAACACUUGAGACUUUUACACUUCAGGAAAUUAUUCAUAUUUCCUUCUUCUCGUUAGCAGUUGUUCAAAAAACACUUACUCUGCUAAUUUCUGCUAGAAAGAAUCAUAGUUCUUCCUACAUAGAAACGUUUCUCUCCUUUGAGUUAGGAAACAAGACCCUAUGUUAACCCAGUCACAGUGGGGACUGAGGCACUCAGAGCCUGUUGAAGCAGAGGUUUUCUGUAAGAACAAGAUCUAAAGGCUUACAAAGGUAAAGACAAUGGCCUGGUGGGAAGAAUUCUGGUCUAGAACUAAGACUUGACUCUAGUUCUAGGUUCAUCUUAGCUGGGCGUGUGACCUUGAAAAAAAAAUCAUUACUUUCUCUACAUUCUGAUUCCUCAUUUGUAAGGUGGGCAGUUUUCAGAACUCAGCAGCAACAAGGUUCCUGAUGAAAUCAAGAAGCAGGCCAGGCGCGGUGGCUCACACCUGUCAUCCCAGCACUUUGGGAGGCCGAGGCGGUUGGACCACCUACGAUCAGGAGUUUGAGACCAGCCAACAUGGAGAAACCCCAUCUCUACUAAAAACAAAACAAAACAAAACAAAAAAUAUAUAAAUAUAUUUAGCCGAGCAUGGUGGCGUGUGCCUGUAAUCCCAGCUACUUGGGAGGCUGAGGCAGGAGAAUCACUUGAACCCAGGAGGUGGAGGUUAUGGUGAGCUGAGAUUGUGCCAUUGCACUCCAGCCUGGGCAACAAGAGCAAAACUCCGAGCAAAAAAAAAUUCAAGAAGCAAGGGAAGUAAUAUUGCCUUUUUGAAGUUUUGCUAUAAGAUCAAUACACCAAGGUAAAGAUUGAAUCACCUGAGAAGCUCCCUGGCCAGCAAGAAUGUACCCACCUGGCUCUGCCACUUGCUGACUGAUACUAGGCAAGCUGCAGAUUCCCUGGACAUCUCAGUCCUUUCAUCUGUACAAUGUGUGGAUCAGCAUGUAUCUCAGGCUCCACUGGGAAUUUCAUAGCAUAACUAUUUCAUGAUACAUAAACUAUGUCAUGUUUGACCAGAUAGAUCAGUAAUGUCAGCCAGAAGGUAUCAGAUGAACAUUGUGAGUGUCCAGUCCAGCACUGUUUAGGGGAGAGGAAUUCUUUCAGGUUCAAGCAUUCUGACUUUUAGUUUGGAGAGGGGUACAGGGAUUGUAACCUACAAUCUUCAGAUAUUGAGGCCACUGACAAGUAAUCGACUCUAGGUAGAUGCCUCCUGGUAUUAAAAUAGCUUCUCUAAUUUUCCUUGUUGUAAGCAAGCACAGCAACCUAGUUAUGUCUUGGGUAGGUGUUCUCAUAACCGUGAGAUUCAAUUGAUUUGAUGUGGAUGCAGAAAAAAAAUGGAACCACUGCCUUAAUGGAAUGCAGUAUACCAAACAUGCAUUCUUAAAUCCUAGUGCUGGGAUGGAAAUGUCUCAUGAAUUCACAGCAUUGGCAUUCUGAUACUCAUCUAUCUAUCUCUGGCUCAUAUUCAUUUUAGUGUAAAUCAUUUCUCAAAGUCUAGGUAUGGCAGGGCGGGCCUCUGCACCUUCUAGCAGUGGGCAGCAUCCCACAGCAUAGUGGCCUAACUGUGGGACCACACUAUGAGUCUGGCCCGUGUCAGCCAGCCAGCCUUCAUGUCACACUAUUGCGGCUGGAUUUGCUUUUCCAUCUGCCUAUCGCACCUGACUUGGGCAUGGAUGGUAUGAGGUUGAAAACCAUGAAGAGCCACACAGGUGUUAGUGCUGUGAGACAAGGUGUGGGGACACGAGAACAAGCGGCAGCAUGGGUGCAGCUUAGAGUCAGGUCACACGAAUGUAUGUCACCAAAGUGCAGCAUCCGUGAGCCCCCGAUUUCGAAGGUAUUUCUUACCCAACAGCACUGACUUCAUGGAAGGUUUGUAGUUUGACUUUGCUUGAGUCACACUGAUCAAGUAGGAGUAUCGUGCAUGCCACAGCGAGGCAGAGUCCUGGGCCCUUUAAAAACCUCGAUGACUCCUAUUGCAGGCCCAGUGCGGUGGCUUAUGCCUGUAAUCCCAUCACUUUGGGAGGCCGAGGCAAGCAGAUCACUUGAGGCUAGGAGUUUGAGACCAGCAUGGCCAACAUGGCAAAACCCCAUCUCUACUAAAAAUACAAAAAUUAGGCCUGAUGUUGGGCACCUGUAAUCGCAGCUACUGGGGAGGUUGAGGCAGGAGAAUCACUAGAACUCGGGAGGUGGAGGUUGCAGUGAGCUGAGAUUACAACAUUGCAGCCUGGGCCACAGAGCAAGGCUCUGUCUCCAAAAAAACAAAAAUUAAAUUAAAAAAAGACUCCUGUUGCCAUGCAAUCAUUAUAAACAGCAUUAGGUAGAAUUCUCUCUCUAUGGGACAUGCCCUCUUUCUCUGGUGAUCCUGUGAGUGAUAUAGUGUGGCAAUUUAGGAAACAAUUGUUUCCUUGUUCUGAUUGUUUGGUGCUCAAUGAAAUAGCUUUUAGCAGGGCUCAAAGGUCAAGUCAGAUUCUCCUGCACUAACAGGAUAAGCAUGGAGACACCAGUGCUCAAUGUGGCCUCUGGUUGUCUGAAAUUUCGCUAUCUGCUAUAAUACCUUGAGAGAAUUAGGGUUGCAAGGUGGGAUAUUGUGCUGCUAUCCGUUAUAUAACGUCUAGCCUGAGGAAAGGGCAGGAAACAUUUAAAAGCACAUCUGUAGGCACAAAGAUAAUUAUAAUAGAAGGUCAGAAUUCCUAGGCAUAUGGCCUAGACUAAAAUGUUUUCAUAACUAAAAAUGAAAUCAGGGUCAGUUAUAAUACAAAGUACCACAGAAGUCAGUAGCUAGAGGAUGGAGAUGGAUAUGAAAAAAAAAAAGCAAAACCCAGGGAGGGAACCAGGGAGACAGAUACGCAGCUACACAAUGUUUUUACUAUCCUGAGUUCUUACCCAGAUUCCAUAGCUAAAUCCAAAUGUAUGGAUAGGCAGAGACUACAUAAGAAAGGAAGGAUGAGAUUAUUUUCUUGCUUAAUUAUUCAUACAUCAAUUCAGAAAUGUAUGUUGAACACUUUCUGUAUGCCAGGCACUGCUGGGCACUGCAAAUAUAAAAUAAGCAAACCUGAAAACCCAUCCUGUCCUCCUGAGACAGCAUCUGAGGGAGACAGGCAUUAAUCAGAUAGCCCCGGGUGGCCGUAAAGCAGCCUUGAUGCUGAGUGAGUGCUACAGGAGAGGACUGUGCAGCUGGGAGGGCUGCUAACACGAUUUGACCUAGUCAGGGAAGAUCUGAGGAAGUGAUAAAAGAAUGGAAAUCAGUAUGUAGACGCUAACAAGGCAGAGUGAGAUGCCUCUUCCUAUACUGUAUCCUGCUUCUAAUUAGCAUCCACUUCAUUGGACCACCUCUUUCCUGAGCCAAACCUACCACACAGCGAUACAGUCUGGAGGAAAGUUGAGCAACUACUGCAUUUUGGACAUGAGAGUAUGGGUGGGCUGACAGGUAUGUGUGUGUUUAUUAUCCAAGACAGCCAAAGUGUUUAUCCUGUUACAGCAUCCCAGAGGACUGAGGCUCUUACCUGUGGCUCUUUUUUCUUACCUGUAACACCAGAGGCAUAACUUACAUCAUAAUGCUGCAUCUUGUUGAUGCUUCAAUGCUCACAAUUCAAUGGUGAUUUCUGAAGCACGCUGGGGAUGGUUCCUAAAUCCUCCCACUCUUUUUUGCUUCACCUUGGAGUCUUGGGCUCUGUUGCCGGUCUUUCAGCAGGCAAAGCAGCUGAAUUAAAUUGGGUUUGUACUCCAUUGUAGUGCAUGCAUGAAAUAUCACCCCCCAACACCCACGCACAGACUUCAAAUAUUUGUAACAGAAUUGUUACCAUUAAUAUUGCUUAAAGGCUAACACAUCAGCUAGAACCUAGAUGUCUUAUGGAAAUUUUCUACUGCAAUGUUAAUUCAUCUACAUAAAGUUGUCCAAUCACUGAAACCACCUCCAACUGAAACAAAUGGUAAGCUUUUUGUUCUCA